GAAUGUAUAAGUUUGUAGAUUAGAAGCCACUUUAGAAUUUAUUUUAUAAUGAUUAUAAUCGAAUGUUGGAAAGAUGUAGGUGCAGAUUUUCAUCGGAGUGGGAGCAUCGUUAGUAUCCAUGACUGCUGUUAAUGUUUUAGGUACGGACCACGUCGCAAACGGCCAUAUGGACAUUCCCAUCUUUCGGACCGACGAGGGCAGAUACCUCGCCAAGUCUCUCGGCGAUCCUUUGAUCAAAGGGUUGACCGAAGUGGCUAAUGUAAAGCCAAAGGACCCAGUGGCGUUCCUCGCGAGUUUUUUGCACAAUUUUCCGGAGAAUGAGAAACCACGAUUAGGUACGGAGGAAUCCAAUGUGUUAGUGACGCACGGGCCGCCCGAGGUGGAGAACGAACAGCCCCCACCAGAAAUGCACGCGGCAUUGUCUCGGAGCGCGACCCGUACGGCGACGAGGCCAAGGCCUAUUGACGUUAUCACAGUGGAUCCACGGACGGAAAGCAGUCCUGAUGCCCCGGAGGCAGCGUUCAGCAGUGCUGAUCGGGACGAACACGGCCAGUCGAUGCUCCACUUCGCAGCCGCGAGGACGCACACACGCAACGCACUGUUCCAGUUACUCCAAGAGUCUGAUGUCAACCUUGCCUAUAGAGAUGAGUUGUACCGAACUGCAAGAGACGUGUCUCUGCAGGCGAAUGUGCCGGAGAAUACAGCUGAGAUCGACCGAUGGGUGCUGCAUCUAGCUGCGAGAGGUAACAAGGAAAAGAUAAUGGAGUUGUUCCUAGAAGGCUACGAUCACAUACUGGACGUCGUUGACGACGAGGGAGUGCCAAUAACCGAUGUGGUGGCCAGCCGCGACAGCGAAAUGAGCAACGUACUUGCCUCGAUACCUGCUUUCGAGGACUCACGAGACGCCCUCCACAGCGCGAUACGAAGAGGAGACCUCACUGCAGUUGAGAAUACCCUGGCAGCAGAAGGCGGAAGAACACUAGCUAGAGGCAAGAGCUCAUUCGGCAGAACAGCUCUACAUGUGGCGGUGCUGGCGCAACAUGAGGAGAUUGUAGCGUUGCUGGCUUCGAAAUGUCCAGAGCUGCUGCGAUUUGGAGACAAUCUGGAGCGCACCCCCCUUCACUACGCGAUGGGAGUAGAGAAGAUGGAGUCAUUAAGUCGUGUCCUCAUCCGAGCGGGUGCGAAGCGCGUUCUAAAAGACCUGAAGGGGCGCCAACCUUCAUACUACUUCAUGAACAAGUCCGAUAUCCUGCGGCUCAAAGAGGAGGAGGAGAUUUACUGACAGAACAGGACGCGGGUGUAGUUGAUUCCUCGAAUUAUAGUUCAGGAUUUCGGAUGAUUUUAUUCUUAUUCUUUUAUCGUCUUCUACUCUAACUUGACUUGUGCACAGUUUUAAAAUGUCAAUUAAUAUUCUAAUAUUUUUUACAUUAAUUAUCUUUACUUUCCUAUUAAUUCAUUCACUAUAAGUUGUUUCAGAUUGGUAUUUGACAUUUAUCUGGAUUGAAUAGCUUUUCAGAAAUUUAACAUAAUCGAAUGUUACAUCAAUUGUGAAUCAUUCAAAACUAA